UAUUGUUGGGUCAGGGGGUGCGUGCGGCUCGCGGCAAGAGUAGGUUCGUCACAGCCGCCGCGGAGAGGGAGGGGCGCCGCCCGGAGCCCAGAGUCCCCCCAGGCCUCGCCGGGCGCGGCUGCUGCUCCCCUUCCGUCCCCUGAGCUACCGCCGCAGUGGUAGCGCCCGGCUCCAGCUGACCGGCCUGGAAUCCCGGCUCCCAGCCCCGGACCCUCCGCUCCCAGCGACCCCCCGCCCCGGCGACGCGGCCCCGCCGGAGACUCGGCCCUGCCAUGGGAGACGCCGGCAGCGAGCGCAGCAAGGCGCCCAGCCUGCCGCCCCGGUGCCCCUGCGGAUUCUGGGGGUCCAGCAAGACUAUGAAUCUCUGUUCCAAAUGCUUUGCUGAAAAAAGAAAUCCACACAAUGAAAAAGAUUUCCAAAAGAAGCAGCCAGAUGAUGACUCCACUCCCAGCACAAGCAACAGCCAAUCAGAUUUGUUCUCUGGAGAAACAAACAGUGACAACAGCAAUACCUCUCUAACUACGCAGACUGUUAACUCCAACCAGCAACUUUCGACAGAACUGAAUGUAACUUCGCUGAGUAAAGAGGAAUGUGGGCCAUGCACAGGUACACCUCAUGUCUCAUUAACUACACCAACCAAAAGAUCCUGUGACUCUGUCAUAAAAGAUCAAGAUGUUUCUGUCCCAUUUAGAUGUGAGGAUGCUUCUAAACAAGAAAAUUCACAGUCAGAGAGCGAGGCUUCUCCUGUGAAACGGCCACGGCUACUGGAGGACAGUAAUGACAGGCCUGAGGAAACCAGUCGAUCCAAACAGAAGAGCAGACGCAGGUGCUUCCAGUGCCAAACAAAACUGGAGCUAGUACAGCAGGAACUGGGAUCAUGUCGCUGUGGUUAUGUGUUCUGUAUGUUGCAUCGCCUGCCCGAACAACAUGACUGCACAUUUGACCACAUGGGACGUGGGCGUGAGGAAGCCAUUAUGAAAAUGGUGAAACUGGACCGGAAAGUAGGGAGAUCAUGCCAGCGCAUCGGCGAAGGGUGUUCCUGAGUGCGAGACUCUGCAACCAAAUGCUGUUCUUAGUUCACUAAUGUUAGCCUUAUUUAGGACAAAGUCAGCCAGACACCUUGUACUGGGCAAGUUUCAGACUACAGCCAAUCAGUUUCCUUUCUUUAGCCAACCGUCCUGGUACUGUAGUUUAGGGGUUGAUGGUGGUUGAAAUUGAUUUCUGGCUGGUUACAAAGGUGCCUGCUAGCCAAUGUAUAAAAUUAAAACAUGAAAAAAUAUUUUUUGGAGCAUGGCUAGUGGAUUUAAAACACAACAAAACAAAAAAUCCAAAGGCUUCUAUUAUUGCUGGAGUCAAACUCUAAAAGCCUUAUGCUGGAAACCUUCCAGCUGCAGAGUUAAAAUAAACAGCUGAGUAGAAGCUGGUGUAAAAGUUUGCUACGCACACGGCUUUCAGACAAACUGUGUUUAUGUGCAGCCUUUCACCUCUUCACUUCUAGUUAAUCCUGAAGAGAUGAAACUCCACUAAGAGCAGCCGUGGUAGCUGCUAAGCCCGGAAGACCUGACUGGUCAUCCGUGCCUUCAUCACGCGUGGCUUUUGAGGUUAGGCAAUGUCACCAGCAUCAGGGAUUCUGUUGGGGAGGGAACAUCUUUCUGGUUCUUCCCAGGAAGCCAAAAAGAGGGGGACAGAGAUUCUUAUGAAAAAAUUUUAUAUCUAACUUGCUGCAGAGAUCCUGUUUUUCUUCAUUUAAAUUAUGGUGAUCUCAUUUUAAAGCUGGUUACAUCCUAGAGCAGUAAACAGUGUGUAUUCUCUACAUGGCAUCCAUAGAAUUUCUAAGCGUUGUCUGACCAGAUUCCACGGUUGUUAUGUAUGCUGACCGGUGCUGCCAUUCCCACCGGCCGAAACCUGAUUGGCUCUUGUUUGCCUUUUGCUAAGUGCAGGUAUCUGAUAAUUGAUCAAAUAAGGCUAAUUCACAGCACAGUAGCCAAGGCUGGAUUCUACAGACUGACUUUCUGUAGCUAGACAUAUAUAUUGGGGGGAAAAAAGGACAUAUUGUAGCAAACAGAAUUCAGUAACAGUAUUGGGGAACAACCAGGAAAGCAUCCCUCAUCAGCUUGAGUUUUUAACAAGAUAAUCAGAUGGGCUAUGUCAGCCUUGUUUCUAUGCAGCUUGAUGCUCUCAUGAAAAUCUCUGCCCGCAAAUAUUGCAAAGCAAGUGAAUGUGAAAUGCAUUACAUGGAAAACUUUGGAUCUGUUGUUUAGACUUAUGCGCUCUUUCACACUGAGCCACAUAGAGCUGAACUGCACAGAUCUUGUUAGUUUGUAGCGGGAAAAAAAGAAAAAAAUCAGCAUGUCUCCUGCUGCAGACAAAGUUUAUGCAGGUCAAGAAGAUUCAUGCUGAUUUGUCUCAGUAGUCCUAUCUGGAUAUGGUUCCCUGACCCAAGUUAGUAAAGCAUUAACAAUCAGGUAGUUUAGUAGAAAAACUGGGGGGGGGUGGAGGGGGAGGAUUUUGUAUAGUUUUGAAAAAUUGGGCUUGUGUAAAACUUCCAAGGGGUGAGGUAGCAUAUUGUCACUCCAAAAAAGGUGUGUGGGGAAAGAGAGCUUAAAUAAGUCCUCCUCUUUUCUGCAUGUGUUCAAGGUAAAUAAUUUCAUACAGGCUAAAUUAAUUUUUAGUUUGGAAGCCAGAUCAAACCAUUUAAUGAGACAUUUUUUAAAAAAUACACUCAGCAUCAGACUGUAUUAGUGUGAUUUAACCAUGAAAUAAAUCAGAAAUGUUCCAUCAUUUAUAAAAUGCAAGCUAUGUAAACAAAACUUUUUUUUUUUUUUUUUUUUUUUUUUAACUAUUCAAGGUUAUGGAAUCAGUAAUAAAAUUUUCACUGUAUUUUCAGGAAAUGGUCCCACUGCAUCCUGGUGACAGGGCAAUCUGAGGAUAUUCUUAACAUUUACCAUGAAGAGUUUAAAAAUCAUGGAUUUCAGCUGUUGCUGAGAUACGCACUUUCUUUUCCUCUAAAAUCCUAGCAUAGUCUUUGGUGGACAUUCUGAUUGAUAUACGAUACUCAUCCGCAUUAAUACUGAUGAUGCUAUUUAGCCCUCCUACUCCUUUAACCCUGUUAUAAAUACACAGUUGGUUUCAAGGUGGCUCUUAAGAGAACACUACUCAAAGUUCAUGUGGAUUAUGGGCAAUAUUCACUUUAAAAAAAAAAAAAAAGUUGGGGGAGGGGUUGUUCCUUUGCAGUAUCUGUUCUGUGAAGUUUGUUAAACGUAAAGAAAGCUUAAGUUCUUGUAUCUUUAAAGAAAAUCUUAUUUAACCCUUUUGUGUUCUAGAUUUACUUACACAUGUAGCCUAGAGCUCAGUUUUAGUUUAACAUUGUGAAAAUAUUAAAAGAAUCUUGUAACUUUAUUCUUUUUCCUCCUGCUAAAAAAAAAAAAAAAAAAAAAAAUUAAACCAAUCAGACUAAAGUUUGAAUUCCUGUCUGACUAUUCCAGCAGGUCAUGUUGAUCUGCACUGUUUCUGCUGUUUAUGAAAUGUGAAUGGGGGAAAAAAACCUCAGCACUGGGCCAGUGAUUUCAAAUUGUGUUUAAAGUUGGUGGGAAGUGGGCAGUAUUUUCUGCCCGUCAUUGGCGCUAGCACUUCUGCAGAGUUCAAGUUUAGCAAUUUCUUUUGUAAGCAAAUCUAGUUUAACCUCACAAAACUUUAUUUCUCAAUAUUGAGGUUACAGUAGACUUGUCACUUUUAUCAAACAAGUUUCUUUGCUCUUAAGUCCCAUGCAUAUGGUACUGCACUGUUACAGUGAUAUAAGAAGUAAAGAAUGUCCUCCAAAGUAAAUGUAUUUUGACUGAUUCUUCACCUGCAGUAGCUGUAUGCUGAAUGUAAAGUUCCAUAGUUAUGAGAUGUUCAUAAUUGGUAAUUAGGAGCUAAACUAUAUAGAUUGGAUUUUACAAUGCCUAAAACAUGGAACAAGUUGAAUAACAAUGGAAUGUGUUGAACAAGGAGACAAAGUCAAACUGGUACUAUUUAAAUUCAGUUUGGAAUUGAAAUUAUGCCUGAGUCAUGGGACAUGUACCCCUAUUUUUUUUCCUGAAAUGAACACUGUACUUUCAAAGAUAAAAUUGUGUAUUGUGGUUCUUGCACACCACUUCAGUAGUAUAUAGCAAGGUUAGUCACACUUAGAGAGAUCCCAGCUGCUACUGUAGUUCCAAGGAGUGAGCCAAGAUUUUCAGAAAAAAAGAGGGAGCUCUGUCAGCUAGAAUGAGCAGGGGGCUACCUCCAAAACCCUUUCUUGCUCUGUAUCUGCUAUUGUCCGUCUUGCAAUAAUAAAGCUUUAACUACAGAAAGUGAAUUUAGUGCUGGUGAAAGUGCUAGCAUUGAUAGCACUGGGUAAAUCUUGGCACACGGCGUGGGCUAGCAUUAUGUAAGCGUACACGUGCAAUUACACUUCAGUCUGAAGGUGUAACAUGCCCCUAGUGCUGUAUCCUCAGAGCCAGUCAAAAAGAUUCAAUUUUAAUUUUUCUGAUAGAAUUGGUCAAAAAACUGACAAAAUUCACCUAAUUUUAAUCCUCUGAACCCUAUUUUGAGGGUGAGUUGACUUUGUAGCACAAACUAAUUUAUGUAGAAUGAGAACAAUCCUCUCUCUUUCUCAUGUGAAUGAUUUGUGCCUAGGGCUCCAAGGGUGAAACGUACAUGCACAAACCCAGUUCUCUGCCUUGCAAUGUUUAUUUUUAAUAUUGGUCUCCCAAAAGGAAGAAAGCUGGAAUCUGUUAUAAAAUGCAAAUUUUAUAAUGGAUUCCAGAUGCUCCAUCAGCAAAAUCAUUAACAGUACCCAGACAGCAUGGUCCUUGGUACAUUAUUAAAUACAUACAACCAUCAAUCAAUGCUCCUUUGUCACUGGGUAUAUUAACUGAAAUUGACACUCAGCAGUAGUAGUAGUACAGUAAAAAAAUGUAGAGGCUCCAACCAGAGUGCCAGCAGGAAGUUAAAGUGAAGGAGGCCUGGGGUAGAGCAAUGGUUUUUCACCCUUUUUUUUUUUUUUCAGUUGUGGACCCCUAAAAUUUUUUGAAUGGAUGUGUGGACUCCCAGGAAUCUGCAGACCACAGGUUGAAAACCAUUGUUGUAUGGUAAUGGCAACCGUUUGUAGACCCCUCAGAUAGAGUCUGCAGACCCCCAGUUGAAAACCACCAGAUUCAAUUCUGACUUUAAACUUUAACUUGGGCAUAUCUGCAGCAAUGUAAAAAGAGAGAUUUACACAAACAAGUCACCAUUUGCUAGACUGAACUCUACUUACUGAUGUCAGCCUGUUUGUCUUAUUAGCCAAACUUUUGUCCACUAUAAUGCUGCCCUCUGAAAUAACAAAAAAACACAAAAAGGGCAUGUCAUAGCCUUCAAAUCAAACGGAGAGUGACAGCAGAGCUCCUGAGAAGAAAUGUGGGCUAUCUUACCAAGAAGUAUUGCUUCUGUUUAAUGGCAAGCACUGGGUGUGUGAGUUUCAUUUGAAGGAAGUGAAUGAGUUCUUCUCUACUUCUAUGCAAACUCUCAAGGGCCUAGCUGUAGGUUUCAGUGAUGUAUUUUUGUGACUAUAUACUUUAGUUGUGUUCUUAUGUUAACUUUUUCCUCCUGUUGACAUACUCCCUAAGUUAGCUGGAUCUGUGGAAGUAGUGGUUCUGCUAGAGCAUUCUCUUCUACUACAUUGAUUUGCAGCAUUCCCAAUAAGACAGAAAACAUAUCAACCCUCAACCUUUAAGAUCAGGCAGGUUGAACCAGGAGCUGUGUUCUGUAAUGUUCAUGGCCCUGUAACCACCACAGGCACAUAGAUGGUGGCACUGCUCCAAGGACAUCAGACACAUCAUGGAGGUUUCAUAGUCCACAUCAAGAUAAGACAGGACUUUUUUAUAAACUCGGUCCUUUGGAGGUGCCAGACACCUACAGUAUACCAUGUCCUGCAAGCUGUAGAUAAGAGUCAGCAAGAGGAAUAGAGAAUGUACAAAACCUACAUGCAUAUACUAGUCACAGCCGCUUACAUCUUCUGAAGUCCGUGAUCACAAAGGUUAUAUCACACAUUACCAAGUGCCAAGCUAGGUUGUGAAUUUACUUUUUUUUAAAAUCACCUGAAUAGUGUCCUGGUGUCUGAUUCAACACCGUGAACUCCAUUUAUUUGCAAAGUAAAAUGGGAACAUGCUUAUAUUUGAUCUAAAACAGAUGUUGGUUUUUACUGUUUAAUAGGGAUUAAAUUUUGCUACAGUGAGUUUCCUGUUUUGCUACUGCACUUACAAUGUAUUAUACAUUCCCUAAUGGACAAACUAUGCAUAACUUUGGAAGAUAAAUUGUAUACCUAAUUCAAAAUAGAAAAAAAGAUUAAACAUAUCUGAAGUACUGGGGAAACGUUCAAAAAUUCAAUAAGUGCACUCUAUAAAACAAUUUUUUUAGAUGGUGGUAGAUAAGUUUUGAAGUCAUUGGUUUAAGCACAAGGUUCCUUUCUGUUGGAUCUGUUCAAGGUAAAAUUAAGCUGAUGCUAUUCAAGGGGGGCAGCUAAAAUAAAAGAUUAAAUUAAACAAAGGAAAAUUAGCUACCCAAGGAAAAGUUUCCUAAAUGAGCUCUUGGAUUCUUGAAUAUAGUCCUCUAGAGAACUGGUCGAAGUCUGACUGCUUAAAACCAAACUGAAUAUGGGCUUGGGAGGAUUAGCUUUUUAUCUGUAAAUGUUGAUUUCAACCCUCCCCCCCCC